AUGUUCACCCUGGGGACAGAAAAGCUGUGGCUGACGUUUGCUCCUGUGGCUGAUAAGGCAGCUGUCUACUUCCACAUUUCCCUGGAGAUGGUCAACUGGCUCUCAGUAGUGUACCUCCUCAUCUCAAUCCCAUUUGGUCUGGUGGCAACAUGGGUUCUCGACAGCGUGGGGCUCAGAUCUACUGUGAUCCUGAGCGCGUGGCUGAACAUGAUGGGUAGUGUCAUCCGGAUAUUCAGCGUCCUGAAGUUCCUGGGCUUGGAUUCCCAGAGUUACUGGUACCUAUUUACUGGGCAGUGCCUCUGUGCACUGGCACAGCCACUUAUCAUCUUUUCACCGACAAAACUGGCAGCGCUGUGGUUCCCAGACCACCAGAGAGCAACAGCAAAUAUGAUCGCAUCAAUGUCCAAUCCUUUGGGUAUUCUUAUAGCAAACGUGCUGUCACCUGCACUAGUUCCUGAAGGAAAGCACAUCCCAUUGAUGCUGGGUGUUUAUGCCAUCCCAGCAGUAACAGCCUGUGCUGUAGCAACUGUGGGGAUUCAUGAGAAGGUUCCUCCAACACCUCCUUCAGCCAGUGCCACUAAGUCCAGCUCCCAGCCAUUCCUCACGGGGCUCAAAAUGCUCCUGAGAAACAAGCCAUACAUCAUCCUGGCAGUGUGCUUUGGAGGAGGAAUUGGGAUGUUCACCUGCUUUUCAGCUCUGCUAGAACAGAUCCUUUGUGAAAAGGGGUAUUCAAAUGAAUUUGCUGGCCUGAAUGGUGCACUGUUCACAGUGUGUGGUUUGUUGGGUGCUUUCCUGCUAGGCCUGUAUGUCGACCGGACAAGGAAGUUCAUAGAGUCCACCAAGAUUUGUUUCUGUCUGAGUGCACUUGCCAGCAUCAUGUUCGCAGUGACUUCUCGGUUCAGACAUCGGGCCAUCACGCUGGCCAUCACCAGCUCGCUCUUUGGUUUCUUCGGUUUUGCCAUCUACCCUAUUGCCAUGGAGCUGGCUGUGGAGUGCUCCUACCCUGUGGGAGAGGGCACAUCUACAGGCCUGAUUUUUGUUGCAAGCCAGAUUGAAGGUGUGAUUUUAAUGAUUCUGUUACAAGCCCUCACCGUGCAUGUUUCUGAGGAUCCGUCCUCCACCUGUGCCCUUGAUCAGGAUGGAGCCCUGGACUGGACAACUCCGGUACUGGUGCUGGCUGGCCUCUGUAGUGCUAUGGCUUGUUUCUACGUCAUCUUCUUCCACACUGACUACAAGCGGCUCCAUGCUGAGACAAACAGUGGUGAUUUGGUCAAGGCAGAAGAUACAGCAACAGCAAAUAUUCCUGAAGCCUAACCAGGCCAAAAAGGGGAUGCCAAGGGCCCAGUAAGGGAAGGACUCAGACCUGUGGGCAGGGACCAUGACUGCAAAUGCUCAGCUGGCACACUGGGAUAUUCAGGUCCUGUUGCACAACAAGCAAGGGCUAGAGCAGAGGUGUCACUGGGGCACCUUUGCUGUGCUUCCCUCAAUCUUGUAUUUAUUUGUGAGUCCAGGCUGUAAGAAAGGCUGCCAGAAAGGUCAAAGUGGGACUGGACAACUAAGCAGGUAACAGGGAUUUUUAGCUGACUUGAUUCAAGUUAAAGAACUGUUUCAGAGGAAAGGAAUAUCAUAUUUCAGCUAUUUUUUCAUUUUCAUGUACUUGUAUCAGGGGUGAAGCUUUCAGAGGGGUGGAAGCUGUGCCUGUCACAAAGCCAGUGGAAAACCUCUGUUUAAGGACUGUGGUUCUUGUACAGCAUAACAACUCUUCCACUCUAAGGCUGGAGCUAAUUGUACAUCUUAGCUAAAGGGUCGUAGGAGCUACAGUAUCCUUCCAUUGCAGCAGGGAAGUGUACGUAUGUGAUCUAUAAUGCAAGUCUGUUAUAAUAAGCCACUUUGUCCUCUCUUACAAACAAGAAAAGAAAAGCCCUGCCUGCAGUGCUGCCUGUAAAAGAAAGUAUCAGUAAGCAGCAGAAGUUAAAUAUGGCAGCAUUCUUCACCCUUCUGGUCCUCUGCCAGAUGCUGAGACAUGCAGGAUAAGCUUGUUUUACUGGGGCUUCUGUUGUUUCUCCACCUCUCCUGCAGUUCCAGUGGGUUAGUUAAGUUUUCCACAAGAAGAUGAACAUGCUGGUGUAAGAUGAGGGUAGUGUACCCUCCCCAGGCCAACUCAUGCUCUCCUGUAGGGAAACACUAAGAGGGCAGCUCACUUUUUGGGGAAUGACAUGGCGGUGCCUGGUGUGGUAGGAGCUGGCAGGAGAACUGGCAAAGGUGACCACUUAGAGAAGGCAGGGAUGUGUCAUAAGUUUCUGCACAUGAUAGGGGCUUUCCAGGGAAGACCAAGUAAGAAACAACAUCAACAAGCACCUUCCAGUUCUCUCUGCAGCUGACAGCUGUUCUUCAGUCUUAGAAGAGAGGGGUAGUGACACAAAAGAUCCCCUCUGAAGUUGUUACCCUAACAAUUGCAAUGGGUACAACUGGAUUUUUCAUUUUACAGUACUUCCACAGCAGUCCAGUGUCCUGCUUUGUUGUUCAGGUCUAGAUGUACAACCUGAGAACUUUUUAACCUAUAACAUUUCAGUGGACUUGGUGAUGCUUCAUACCAUGCAUCUUGCAAGAGGAUCUGAGUACUUCUUGAUUAAAGUAACUUGAUGCACAUUGGACCUGUGACUGGCUUUGUCCAGUCCAGCUAGAGGAUGAUCCCAAAGCAAAGGAUGCACUUCCCCUGAGGCACACUGUACGGAGGAGCUCUCUCAGUGCCUGAAUUAUCUUCCCCAUUAGCAACUGGAAAUCUCUUCCUUUGUAAAACACCUAGCUGCAUCCUUCUUGGGAGCCUGCUAGUUCCUACAGCUCCAGCCUUGCUCUCACUAGUAAGCACUGUCAAAAGGAGCAGGAAGGAAGUCUGAACCUGAGGUGAAACAAGAUCAGUUUGGACCUGUCAGAGGAAUGGGAUUAGCUGUCUUUUGCAAAACUAGCUGGUCAGUUCUGCAGCCCUGGACCUAAUACACCAAACAGUUUAACACCAAAUUUACAUGCUACUCCUGAGUCCUACUGUACUGGGAAGCAAGAAGCACUUGGUACUUUAUAAUUUUAUAUAUUUACAAAUGCUUAUGUUUUUUAAUAAAGGGUGGUUUAAGAAAAGAUAAUUCUUUUCUCACUAUAUUACACUUCAAAAAGUAUUUUAUAGAUGCAAGGGUGCAUCAGAUCUGCUAUGUAGCACAAACCAAAGGUCUCUGUAUUUGCCAAAAGUGCAUUAAGUUGUGGUCAAAGUGAUGAUGUGAAGUGGUAUCUCAGAUCCCUAAAAUCACAGUGUGAAAUUAGCUGUAGGUUAAACUACAGUUAGCUCUAUUUUGAAGGAUAUGUUAGAGGGGUGAGGAAAUACUGCUAGCAAAUGUCUCCAAAAUCUGCCAUUGCCCUAGUCAGAAAGUCUGCCUUGCACCAGCUAAGACACGCUUAUCUUUAUCCACGCAUAUAAAAGAGAUUUGAAUGAGGAGAUUUUUCUCUCUACUCAUGCAUCAGACUUAUAGGUGUCUGAGGUUCAUUCUGAAUUCCUACUGUGUAGCGGAGCAGGUAGCUCCUCCACUAUAUAGUUUGUCAUACCCUGGCAGCAUGCCAUAGAGGAGUUAUGGCAUUGCUAACAGUGAGGCCCAGUAGCUUGCACAAAUAGCACCUUGCACCAUCGGCUGUUUCUGCUGCUUCAGCUAACUUCACAUUUUGUCUUUAGAACAACAGAGGCUCAAAUUUCUGUGCUAGUCUGUAAUUACCACCAUAGCUGAAGUCAGCUUACUACUGUAGAUUCUUCUUCUCAAAGCUGCAUAACUUGUCUGUCUCUCACAGCUCCCAUUUAGAUGUGCCUUUCCCUGGGAAGCCUGCGGAAAGCGUGAAGCUGAAAUCUUAGCAGGACAGAGGAAUUUUGAUGUUAAGGCAUGGGUCUGGUAUGCUGGGGUGGACCCAUGUCCGCUCCUCACCAAAAGAGUGG